ACCGAGCCUGGAGCCUGACGCAAGGUAGCGCACCCAGAGAACAGCGAGAGAGAGAGAGAGAGAAGAUGGACGGAGUGGGAUCGUUCGGAGCGGGCCUGGCAGGUGCUGCCUUCGACCCGGUUUCCUUCAUCAAGCAACCGACCACCAUCCUCAGGGUCCUGUCCUGGGUAUUCUCCCUGGUGGUGUUUGCCUCUAUAGUGAACGAGGGCUAUGUGAACCUGGGUAGUGAACGUCUCCACUGUGUGUUCAAUAAGAACGCUGAUGCGUGUAACUACGGAGUGUUCUGUGGUCUGGUGGGCUUGUUGCUGUGUUCCUUCUUCUUCCUGCUGGAUGUCAAGUUCCAACAGAUCAGCUCUAUUAAGGACAGGAAGAAGGCUGUGAUGCUGGAGGUCGGCCUUUCAGGUUUCUGGACGUUCCUGUGGUUUGUGAGUUUCUGUUUCCUGGCCAAUCAGUGGUCUAGGACCGCCCCUAAGGACCUGCCACUCAACCAGGGGGCCGACGCAGCCAGGGCCUCUAUCGCCUUCUCAUUCUUCUCCAUCCUCACCUGGGCUGGUCUGACGGUGCGUGCAGUCCAGAAAUAUCUCCUGGGAACAGACAUGACCCUCUUCACCACCGACCAUCUGGACGGAGUCGCCCCGGUAACACCAUACCCCCCCACCACCGGGGGCGCCAUCGAGCCCAGCGACAACUACCAGAGCCCCCCGUUCACAGAGGGGCUGGAAGCCCCCGCUCCCACAUACCAGGUCCCCAUAUACUAGCACCCCCCUGUCCUACAAGUCCCUCCC